GUGUGUUUCAGAGCUAGAAGACGCCGCGAGCGAGAAGGGACUCUUGCAGGUGUUUCCCAUGAAGAGGGCCUCAGCAGUGAUGACGAUGAACCAACCAGCCAACAACUUGCUGAUCAACAGGCCGCAGCCGAAAUCGACACUGCCCUUAACAUGGUGUUCGUGGAUGCUUUAGACGACUACUCCCACCUUCGGAAAGUUUUGGACAGGAUGAUUGAUUGGUUUGCGGUGGAUCAAAUUGCUUUCCAAGACGCGUACAUUGUACUAUGCAUUCCGAAAUUAGCUUCUCCAUAUGUAAGAAUACAGCUGAUUACUGCUGACAUUCUCAAACGUGACGACUUUAUUCUGUCCUCAAUGCCAUGGUACGUUGAUUGCAUCAGAGCUAUACAGGAGAACGGUGAUGUUGACCCAAAGCACGAAGUGCUUACUGGGUUGAUUCCGUCAAUAAUUGAAAAAGUUGUUCUUCCUUACCUAACAGAUGUAGUUAACGUUGAAUGGGAACCGAUGUCUCUAAAGCAGUCGAAGCGACUUGGAGCAGUUUUGAGUGGUUUGUCCGAUUAUCCGAAGAUGAACGUCGACGAGAGCAAGUCGUUUGCAAUUCUGGGCGGAAGCCGUGAAGGGCGAAAAUCAGCAUCAGCGAUUGAUACGAUUCUCUAUCGUACCAUCUAUUCGAAACAGUCCAUUAAGAACCCAGCAACGGGAUGUGCAGCUUUCUUAGACAGGCAGUACUGGGCUGCAAUCAAGGUAUCCACUUCCUUUGAAAACUUAUCAGAGGACUACGAUCGUUCUCGUCACUUCCUGAAAUCCAAGCCACGCGGUCGGCAAACUUGUGUCCGAUGGCGUUAUCCCAAUCGGGUUUGGGGUAGCUUUAGAAACAGGACUUUUAGCGAUGACCAUCACUGCCACGUGAAGGCACUAAUAGCUGAAAUUCCUGAUGAUAUGAUUGAAAGCGCUAAAUCGGAUUCAUUCCGAAAUCUCAUACGAUGUCUGGGACGAGGUUUGUUAGAGGAACAGAAGGCAGCAGGAAGAGGACGUGCCGAAAGAUAUUUGGAGAAACUGCAAAAGCAGGCCACGAAAAUAGACCAAAUAGACCAGCAACUGCAGUCAAGUCUUUCUCAGCUGCUCAGUGAACGAGGAAAUCUUAUUCCGGCAGAACAGGAACAUUUUGACGAGCGAACGGAGCAAAUAAGAAAGCAAAUACAAACAGCUAUUCGUGUGACGCAGUCGCUUCCUCCGUUGACGUCGAAAAACCCGUUUUUGGAGGAGGAUUCCGAUGAAACCAAUCCGUAUGAAGCAGAGAGUAAACGGUACCUACAAGAGAGUAGCGCACGUGUGCUGGAGAUGAAGGCAAAAGCUGAGGAGGCGCGAAUGACCGCCGAAGCAACUGCCAAGUUAAACAAGGAUAUGCGAGAUUUGGAAGAUAUCUUUGCUGAAUUAGCUACGAUAGUUCACGAACAACAUGAGAUUGUAGAUUCAAUUGAGGAGCAUGUUGAACGGGCAACUCAUGAUGUCCGCCAUGGAAAUGAACAGCUGAAGAAAGCAAUUAGGCAUAAGACGAACCAGGUAUAA